AUGAGCACGAACGAGCUUACACGACUCUAUGAUGAGCUACCUGUCGAAGCUACACACCCUCUGCACUCGUCGUCAGAAAAGUCUCUUAGUGUCCUCAAGGAGUUACUGAGCGUUACGGGUCGCAUGUUUGAUUCCAUCGGGUCGCACCACGAGGUACAAUACAGCGAUCCCAAGUUCGUCUCGCUCCUCCGGCAACAAACAAACAUCGCGCAAGCCAUCCGCCAAUCUGAACUGAGCGUGCGCGACACUGCCAGAGCGCUCCGGGAACGAGCCGGGGUGAGCACCCGCUUCGGGGAGGACAUACCUGCCACCCGUGAUGCUAUUCCUGGCUGGGUAGUGUCUCGUGUCGAAGCAUGGGGCAGAUCUGCGGGAAUGGAGGCUUUCCGGGACGAGGACCAGGGUAGACGGAUCGCCCUCGCCCUUGCGGGCAAAGUGAUCGUCAUCGACAUUGAGUUCGCUGUAAGCGCCGAGGCAGAAGACACGACGAUACGGGUGGUCAGCGUGAAGAACUCAUAUGCGGUUCCCAGCGGCGAGAGCGCCAAUCCGACCGGGAACACAGGAGGCUCUACGUCCCUCGAUGGGUUCUUAGCAGUCGUUCUCCAGAAAUUCAUCGACCUCGUGGAGAAGCCAUUGGACGACCAAAAUCCGAUAGCAGCUGCCCAAGUCGGGUCCCGCCUUUCGCAACACCUCGGGUACCUCAUGCGCCUGGACGCACUCGCCGUUCAGGAAGGCGAUGCUGGAUUAAGGUGGUUCACCUCAAUUGACAAUUUGGCAUCGACGGCGGAAAGGUUUGCCACCGUGGAGGCUCGUGAACUUGGCAGUUCGUUAUCGCUUGCCCAAGCGCCUCUGGACAUAUUCCUCGCCCGUGCUCGUCCGCUACCUUUACCUUACCUCCUUGCUCCAUCGCUCUCGUUCCUGGUCCAUCUCUCUCCUGCCGCCUACCUGACUCUACUGCGGAAGUCCCCCGCUGGGCCUGUUUCCUCCCGUGGCGACCUUCCACAACUAGAUGUCCCCUUUGCGCACCUACGUGACUACGUCCGCUCACACGCAGCAGGGGUGACACUCGCUACCUUGCGUGUCGCGUCCGGGUCGCCGCCGUCCUCGCGCGUGAACGAUGUCAUCUCUACUUUGCCUCCCGGUCGGCCAACGUUUGCGCUUGUCGCUGGUCCCUCCGGCAGCAGCCCCGACCACGCCUUCCCCCUGCCUAAUGCGCAAAUACCCGGCGCUGGGGUAAGGUGGAUCCUCGACUUCACUGCGGACGGAAAGGACCAAGGCGGCAUAGUGAUGAGCCAAUCUCGUUUACGGGAGAUCGAACGCGUAGUGAACCCUUCAAGCCACGAUGUGAACAUAGACGCUCAUGAGAUGAUGAACGUCGGCGGGGGCAGCUGGCUCGAUCUGCUGUUAGAUCCCGGCAGCACGAAACUGCCCCCUGAAAGAUACAUCGCAGUAUAUACUUCGCCGUCGUCGAAACACCCGCCGUUACAACUCAGGCUGACGUCGCCUGAAGAGCCCGGCUUUGUACUCCAACAUGUCCCUGUGAGCAAUCUGCAACAAGCCUGGGCUGUACUCGAAAUCGUUCGAGAGCAGUGCUGGUUGAACGAAACACUGCGGAUAUGCACCUGGUUUCCAGAAGGCUACGGAGCACCGCCCGAGUCGCCGAUCCCUGAUAUCGACGAAAGCUACGAGGCCACGCAAGCAGAGCUCGAGGCCGUGCUGAACGGGACGAUCACCCCGCGCAAGAUUCCGGUCAACGUCGUCAUCUCCUCGCCAACCACAGACCUGUCGGUCCUCGGGCCGUCUACUUCGCCGUUUCCGACGAGGAUCACGAUGGUCGCGCCGGACCCGUCGCCGAUGCAUGCUCCGGGCCUCGGAUCGGGCAUGCUCGAGAUUUCGGUCAUGUUGGACGCGCGGGCGGCGCGCGGCGUGAGAGUCGAGAUAGGGAGCGGCAUGGGCGUGGGCAUGGGCACAGGCAUGGACCAAGAUGUCCUAGAGGAGGUUUGUAGACGGGGUGGGAUCAUGGGGUUGGCGGGGAGAGCGUGGGCUGCUGCAAAGAUGGGGUAGCGUGUUUGUAUGCACCAUCGCUGGCUCGCGGUACAAAAUCCCAUCGGAGUUGCUCG